GGUACUGAAGUUUAUUUGCGGCCGUGCGCUUAAAUUCUCUGCAAUUUUUUUUUUUUUUUCGUUAAAAUCGACGCUAAGGCACGGGAACGAGAUCCUCGAUUUCUCAUAGAAAUUUGGAAUCUGCGACAAAAAAAAUUCCGGCGUAACUUUCGCCGCGAUUAUUUAACUCGACUCGAUUCCGACCUACUUUAGAAAAUUCACGACCGACGAUCUGGAUUUCGGGGGAAUUUAACGGUAUACUUGGAUACAAAAACUGUAUGAAAAAACAAAAGUUUACCAAUUUAUUUUAGAUUCGCUCGCGGAUUAAUUAACCUAAUUCUCCAUCAUAAUAGGGCUUGGCUCUAUUAGGCCGCGUUUUUUUCACAUACUAUAAUUCAAACUUGCGACGAAAGUGCGUGUAUUCUAGUUGUACCUGACGCUUCUGCUACAUAAUUUCUACCGCAAUUAAUUUUAACGAGACAUCGCGUCGGGGCAUGAUAACGUCGUACGAUAACGAUUUGCAGUGUGUGAAUCACGAAAAAAAAAUAAUAAUUAUUCGGAAGCAGAGUCUCUGUUUCGAGUAUCAGAAACGAAGGAAUCGAGUCGCAGAGAUUUUCUCGAAAAAUCCGUCAAAUCAAAUUACUCGUCUCGAUUUUCAAAUAAUCAAGUGCAGUUGGAAUCAUUUCAAAUUUCACACGUCUUGUGCACAACGGAGUGUAGAAUUGACAAUCGUUCAUCUGUAAUUCCAAGCUCUCGCGGAUCACACGUAUGGAUCGUUUUGGUCCAUGACCCGUAUGAUGAAGUUUUUAACAAAAAAAGAAAACUAUCUUUUGAGUGAUGUAAUUGCGCGCAAACCUGGGUCGGCACGAUGACGUAAUUUGAAAAAAUGGCUCCUGACACCAUACCACCGUAAUGUCCACUCAUACCUAUACGCGAACACAUCGAUGAUAAAAUCGUGUGAAAAUAUAUGCAUACGCAAACCCACAUAGAAACGUAAAGUUCGUACGUAUACAGAAAUUUUUACAACAUGUGAACCAAGGUUGGCGAGUUUCUACCCAUAUCGAUGUGCUCGCCUCGGAUAUUAUAAUGUGCACGGUAAAAGAAAUGCGACGAGUAAAGCGCUGCAUUAAUACAAACGAUUUCUAUCCCUCCGUCCUCGCUCCGAAACUGAAAAAUCCAUGGCUUUUUUAUUCCACAUAUCGGUCGCGCUUCAGGUAAUGGAAUACACGUAUGUACCUACGUACGCGAUUAUUAUCAAUAACCGGAAGUGCGUACGGCCGGUUCACCUCGCGCUUUUUCAUGCAUUUGGUAUCGUUCGUUUUGGAUUUUUGCUAAUUAUCUCUUUCCACACACCUGGCGUACGCUGCGGCGUCGUGCAGCGGAAGCACGGGCUGAUUGCGGGCACCUGGAUUCGUGUGGAAAGCUUGAAUUUUCAAAGGAUAACUAAUUUCGGUCUUCCUGCUCGUUGGCUUUUUUUUUUCUCUUCACCUUUUCCUUCUUCUCCCCGUUAAAUUUUACGACGACAUUUUUACGACGAACCGGCAUAAACUUGGCAUAUGAACGCACGUUGGGCUGACAUUCAAAUGAGAGUCGGCGUGAUAGCACUAGAAAAUUCGUAGGUACCUGCGGGGCUAGUCCGAUCCUUCAUUGGAUGGAAUUCAAAGUGACAAUUUGCAGUGGCAGUUGCUCGGGCGUAUAUCUGUAAUAUAUUUAUCUUAUUCCGAGUAUUCGCGAUGUCGCAGUACGUGAGUCUCGAUACGAUAUUCCUUCUCGUGCCUUAGGAACGUAUCGAGUUGCGUGUAUAAGGAUUGAAAGAGACGAUGACGUAAUACGUAACACUUUUAAAGACUUCUCUACGAUCUCCUCCCGCAAUCACCACCUCUAUGGAGCUGACCUCAAAAAUGGAUAUUCACCGAACGCCGGCGGUGGCUAACAGAUGAAUAAUAUGGGAAAAUCAAGUAUUCGAAUUCGAUCGUCAGCUGCGGUACAUCACAACCGAUACACCUAUGAUCCUGACUUCAUUGAGAAAUUUUUCCUAACGUACAGAAGUAGCCUGUAAAAAUCGAACUAAAGAAACCAUACUUAUACCAUGACGACUAUGGAGGGAAGAAAUAUUACCCAAAAAAAAUGGGUCAACUCUAAUUUAAUAUCCUUGAAAUGUCUUCUGUUCUUUUUCUUCGGGGGGAUCGGAUGUCUCUUUCCAUUCCUACCUUUGCACAUGAUCGGAGUUGGUCUUACGAUCGAAGAGGCUAAAAUUAUAUCGGUAGUUUCUCCGAUAGUUGCAUUGAUAGGACCUCUUUGUGCCGGACCGAUUGCGGACAGACUUGCCGGGCGUCAGGGUAGCAACGACAGAGCGUCGACGGGAAGAUAUUUGCGAGUUAUGAUAUCGGUGGUUUGCAUACUCGGAGCGGUAUUUUACUCGGUUUUAGUAGCAAUUCCGAGGGUGCAGAGGAUCACGAUCCCCCAAGAAAGAAGACCCCACAUACGAUUCACCUGCGAUCAGUCGGGGGCGGUUAUAUACAAGGAAAGAUGCAAGAUUCCAGCGACCUGCUACGAAUUGCCUGAAAUCAGAGCCGCGCCUAUUCAGUUGAAAGAUUGCCAUUACAAAUGCAAUUCCCUGACUGUCGGUGCUUUUGGGAAUUUUACUAUACCGGAGCAAUUUACAGGGCAGACGAUAAACGGGACGGAAUUCGUCGACGAGUCCGAAAGCGAUGGAGUUAUGACCGUAGCUCCGAUCGAUUCGGGGGAUGAUCAACUCUGGGACAAACCGGAUAAAUCUCCCGAGAGUUACUCGAGGAAGGCCCGUUACGUGAACAGGGAAAACGAACCGCCGCAUUUAUGUGUAAAAGAAAACGGAUACGACGUCUGUUACGUUUACACGGAAUUCUCGUUCAACAUGACCAUCAAUACCACCGUCCAGCAAUCCAUAAAUCCAGAAGAAAUUACCGAACAGUGCGCGUAUCCGUUGACCGAUCAUUUCUCGUGCAGAAUACCGAAACAGCUGGUGGAAGAUAUGACGGAGUUCAACAAAAGUUGUUUCAUAGAAUGUGACCUGAACAACCCCUACGGUAUAUCGGGAAGUAUAUUCGAAGACGCUGGCUGCCAGCAGGUGAUUGGGAAUCCAGAAUUUACGUUUUGGAUUUACCUGACGGUCCGUUCGUUGGCUGAUAUUUUUCCUACGACUGCGGUAGCCCUCCUCGAUGCCGCUGUGGUGAUCGCGACGAGGGAAACUUCAUGCGGUCGGGGUGACGUUGGUCAACAAUUGGCAUUCGGAUCACUCGGGUUCGCUGUAUUCGGUUCACUCUCGGGCUUCUUCACGAAUUGGAUUGAAGGAAAUCCUUCCUCCUAUUCCGUACCUGUGGAUAUUUUCGCUGUCCUGAUGAUACUCUCCGCGGUGAUAUCUCUCUGCGCGAAUGGGAUGCCCUUAAGCCCUCCGGAAUGGUGGUGGCACACGAGAAGCGGAAUGUUAGCUCUCCCCAUGAGUGCCGUAAAACGAUACACCGGCGAAACCGCCGCUUUACUGUUCGUCCUGAUGAUCAUGGGAACGUUCUGGAGCUCCAUGGACACCUAUCUUCCCUGGCAUUUGAUCCAGCUAAACGCAAACGCGGUUCUCGUCGGGGUUUGCCUGACCAUCGGGGCUAUACCGGCGAUAAUUUUCUUGUGGAAAUCUGAACACCUCGUUGAUUAUUGCGGGCACAGCAAUCUACUGAUAACCGCGUUCACGAUUUACAUUGUCAGAUUCACCGGACUAAGCCUUGUGUCCGGAAAUCCUUGGUGGUCUCUUGCUUCUGAAGUACUCGAGCUUUUCACAUUGGGAAUAAUGUGGGUAACAGCUAUUCUUUACCUAAGACACUUGGUUCCACGUCAUUUGACGGUCACUGCCCAAGCUUUGCCUGUAAUUGCUCAUUUCUGCAUAGGACGCUGCAUCGGAGCGAUAAUCAGUGCGUACGUGGAUGUUGCCAGAAGAAACGUGGAUUCGCUUCGUUUCGUUUAUCAAUGUAUGGCGGUCGCAGCUGCCAUUAUUGCGCUGAUUUAUUUUACCAUUUAUCAUGCUCUACUCAAGCCCAAGUGCCAUGCUCAAAGUACGCACGGUCCUCGUCAGCCUCCUACCAUAAUGGAAGCAAUGAAUGGAAACGGUAAUUACACGCCUCUGAGGGUUUACCACAAUGGUAGAGGCAGGAAAGGACAGUUUCGCUAUUAAUAUGCAUGGUAAGAAACUCUCGUCAAUCACGGUGCUUAAUUUCAAUGAUUCCAUAUCGAUAACUGGAUAAAUUUGAAUCUGCAAUCGUAUAUGAAUCACGCAUACUGAUCGCAAAUAUGCGGUAAACUAUACGAUGACGUUGAUUUUGUUUCGCGCUGAAAUUAUUAUCUUCGAAAAAUAUUGAUGAUACCUGCGGCUUUAUAUGAUUGUUUCUAUAUUUGCGUGGUAUGAAAAUAUGUAUUAUAGUCUUCGAGAUGCUGGUUACACACAUUUUUAUACAGAAGAAACUGAACUGUUAUUGGCAGUUUAUGACCAGAAAUAUGAUUCUCAAAACGCGAAAAAUGCAAAGUUCAUUAUGUUAUAGAAUUCAUCAAAGUACGCCACAUUAUUACCUUUCGAAAAACGUCGCGACUUUUCAAGCGACUUCAUUGCGCAUAUAAUUAUACAUUUUUUUUUAUAUCCGAAAAUGCGUCGCUCGUGCAGCUAACCGGUUUAUAAGUAUUUGUCGAUAUUAUUUUUUAUACUUGAAAAAAAAUUUGUUAAUGACUAUAUACAUAUACAGUUAAUUUUUACCUUGUUAUAAAUCAACCAAAUACAGAAUAGAUUAUUUACAUUUAAAAACUUGGCGUUGAUUAAAAUAUCUCUUUAAUAUUUAUUCGGGCCAAUUAGCUGUAUGUGUAAAUUAUUGUUGUAAUCGAACAGAAGUAAUUGAGUUGAAACUCUCGAUUAAUUUUUUGUGGCAAAUAUCGUUUAUUACAUAUAGCAUCAACAAAAUGAUCGGAAAGUUGAAAAUUUUAUAGAGAUGAACAAUAAGAUUCUUAAUACCUGCUUAAUCUAGUACUUCUUUAGAUUAUAUUUGGUGAAUACAAAUUCGACAAGCACUAGAAAAGAGAUUUUAUUGUUGAAAUAUUUCAGCACCUACCAACUGCUUAUAAACUUGCUUAUACAUUUAAUCGGGCGAAAACGAUGACUAACAACUAAAAAGAAUUACUUCUCAAAUAACUGUACACAAAUAUGUAAUAUACAUACAUGUACGUAAUAAUAGUGUACCCUACUUUCGAAUAGAUAUACGUGGUGUAGAGUGAAAGAGACAAUGAAAAAAUUCAUCGAGGUCACAGAUUAAGGCAGACACAUACGAGUCUUGGACAUCUCAUAAAAUAAUAUCAAUAUUAGUGUUCACCUCACAAUCAGACAGAUAUGGUAAAUUAAUAAACCGAUAGAUCUCGAGUCAAA